AUGGAUCUAUCCACUCGCGGACAUGGUUCUCCUGGCCAGGACUCGAGAACCGAUGACGAAAGAACAGAGGAUGAUUACAGCUCAUUGUCCAGUCUUGGAAUUUCGCCAGUUGUUUCGCCGCGCAGACUUCAGCGUCCCAUGCCAGCCGGGAGGCGAGACCGCAACCCGACCUCUCCUGUGUCAUCCACCGCGGGAAGCGAUUCAGGGAGGGAGAGGGUCGCAGCUAUAGCGCAAGCAAGCCCUGUCCUGGUACGCAAUAUUGAUUCGAUCGCAGGGAUCCGAUCCUCAUCAGCUGAAUUGUCAACCUCUGCGAAUACCCAGGCUAUAUGUGAAGCUGAACGCUCCCAAGGCCAAGAUACCGUCCGUCAUGUCUCUGAGUCUAUCUCGCCCACAAGCAAUUCAAUACCGCUGGAAAUACCCGCAGAUCCGCUCUUUGUGGCCCGAGAUGAUUACAAAAGUGCAAUAGAAGGGUAUGAGGCCGAUAUUCCAGAAGUCGAAUGGCAGCCCACAAGAAGUGGCAAUGCUUCGCCAUUGGAUGAGCAUAUUCAAGCAGGCGAUACAAUCUCGGCACUAGAGGCACAGAUCCAAAACCCGGGAGAAAUUGACCGAGAGGUGGGCGUCGCAAGCCAAACCAUGCCAGCAUCGGCACAGCAGGAACCUUCAGGUGAAAUAAAGAGGACGACAAGUACAGACCAGAAGAAACUGCUUCAAAAGUUGAAGAAAGUAGAAAAUGAACGAGAUCAGAUCUCGGAGCAGAUGGAGGCUCUUUUAUCAGAUAAUGCUCGACUAUGCAACGAAGUGAAUGACUUGACAACCGCCGGUCACAGAAAUCUCCACGCCUCCCGAAUUCGAGACCAUGACCUGAGGUUGGCUGUUGAAGCUGCCGAGAAGGCAAGAACCGAAAAGGAUCGCUCGGAAGAGUCAAUGUUACGUUUGCUGGAGCAACUCAGGAAAGUCAAGCUGGAGAAUAGUAAGCUGGAGGCUGCGCUGAAAGGUUCUUCUGACGAAAUAUCGAGACUGAAGGUUCAGCCCGAAGCGAAGGAGAAUGAAUCGCAACAAUUCAAUCAAGCAGAAGGCUCGCCACCUACUCCCCCAAACAAACUCGAAGCCGACGCAACAAAGAUCAUUCCUUGGAUGGAGAAGGCAUGGGAACAACAGUCUCGAAUAUAUCCCCUUCUGACACAUUUUCAUUCGCAACAUUUACUUAGACUUCACGACAACAUUUGGAAGCAGAGAAUGCCCCAAUCAAUGCUUCCAUUCCCUGCACAAUUUGAGAAUCUGGGCGAUCUUAUCUCGAUACCAUCAGAAGCCUACGCGUCGACUCGCCACAGUAUGGCUAGUGAGACAGCUUUCCAUGUUCCCAACCGCAAGGACUCGAGAUCGAUGGUGCAGUUGCCUCCCAAUGGUACUGCUCGAACACGGUCUGGACAUGUUUGCGAUCCCUUCCGCCAGCAGCUCCAAUCCUAUCAGCGCGAACAAGCGACGCGUACAUGGACACAAGCCCCUAGAAAUGCUGAGAAUGCUACCGUUGGGAAACUCCAGCAACCCUUACGUAUGGCCGAUAUCAUUGCCGCAGAUUUGAGCAAACCUCCUUCACGAAUACCUAGGCUUAUGCCGAAGAAUCGAAUCGACAAACAUAUUAGUACGUCAAUGUCUCCACCAAUGUCAAGUUCUAAGGCAUAUUUAAGUCCGCAGCCUCAAAUUCGCUUGGAAGUGCGCUCACCAACAAGAUUAAAAGGCGAGGACGAGCUUCCCACCGCAGCUACUGUCGGCAAAGGCGAACCAAGCUUAUCAUUCCAAAAGCCUGAAGAUUUUUCUGGUGCCCAAGCGAGACCGAGUCUGACUGAAGAUGUCAAUGCCCUGCAGGGUAUUCUACAAUCCCAGACAGAAGGAACGGGAGAUCGGGAAUUUCAUCCCAGUAUGUUUCCGUCUAAAGCCCUUGUCUCUUCACCCUUGCGCACCGAUUUGGAGGCCUCAAGAAGAACUCCGACAAACCAUGCCUCUGGAAUUACCCAUGGAGGCACCAGCAGUGCUGUUGAGCUACCUCGAAGCCUCGGUCUCAAACAGCGAUUCAGCUGCCCACAAGCAUCGGCAAGAAGCCGCUCUCUCCCAAUUAACCGGUUGGAAGCUAGAGAUGUGGAGGCAAGCUACUCCUCCCAUAAAGGGAUAGAAGCCCCCAUUAAGUCAGUUGCGAAGCAGACAACUACGUCGGACAACGUGGCAGAAAACGCAACUGGUGAUGAACAGCAACCCGUGAUCCCGGGCGAGUUCGGGGGCUUCGAGAAAGAUAAAUCUGCAACUUCCCAUCGCCAGACUCUGCCGCUCGGACAAUCAAAUGCCUCACCAUCGGAACUCAGACAUCGUCGACCUUACUCAUGGGACGGAGCUGUUCACCGGCUGUCAUCAACAACUGUCACCAUGUCCAGAAGCAAUUUCAAGCCACUUCAAGCUUCGGACGGCAUAGCUAGGGCGUAUGAAGAAACUCUGAUACCUGGCACAGUGGUGGAUUAUGGACGUGUGGUAAAGGAAAUCCACAAAAGCUUUUCAUCAGACUCGGUAGAGGCGUCUCAUAUGACUGGUGAAGCUGUUUAUCACGACAUCAACGGCACACGCGACGACGAUUUACCACCGACUUUCUCUCUGGCUGGUGUAUCUUCCCACUCUCGCUUAGAUAAUGUGUACUCGGAUGACUUGAAAGCAUAUCAAAAUCAGAAACUCAAACACGACUUGGAAUACAGACCUCAGGUUGGUUGGCUGUCGAAGAACAAAGCAGCCCAUACUUUGCUCACUUUCAUGAUGUCAAGUUUAGACCUUUUCAGCGACAAACUUGAAAGCACCCCUACCCAGCUCUUUGAGACGGUGUUUGAAUCUGGAGCAGCUUCUCUGGGAAUAUCAGAUAUCUGUUUGGAACCAGAUCUAUUCAAUGUGGAUUUGGGCUAUGACCACCACUUCGAGCUGGCAAGCAUUGGGAAAGGAGAAUCCCCACGAGAAGAUACAAUCAGCGACUCGGACGCCCUUCAUUGUACUAGAAGUCAUGACGACAUGAGUGAGAGAUAUUUCGAAGCGUUCGUAAAUUACUCGACUCAUUUGGAUCCUGACUCGGUCGAUGCGGCACCGACAUCACUUGACAACGAAGGUCGCUUCGUGUCAGAGUCUCCCAUAAAUCACUGCAAUACCUCCGCCCCUGAACCCGAAACUGAAGAAGAUCCUCUCCAGUUCCGGACUUCUCAACCGCACGACAAGACAGUUGCCAAAGCCCUCUCAAUCGUGCGAACGGACGAAAGUGAGACGCUGACGCAGCCUGAAUCCCAUAGUGACCACGACAGUCUUUUUCCAUCGCCACUUCGUCCGCGUGCUGUUUCAGGAACGGGAAUCUUCUCGCUGCACAUAUCGGAAUCAGAAUCCGCGCAAGCAUACUCACCGAUGACUUCGGAGGACCCAUCAGACACUCACGACAGGAGACCCACCUAUUUCCUCCUGGCCUUCUUCCUGGCGUACAUCUUCCUCGGUAUCGCCUUUCUCCUGUUCGCUUGUAUCGCGCCGUUGGCGAUCUCUCUCCCUGGAUUCUUUACGGCUACUCUGGUAUGGGUACUUGCUGCGGUCCGGACCCUGACUGCCAUGGUGACAUGUGGUCAACAGAGUAUGUCCACAGGGUCGAGUCUGUACUCGACAUUAUCCGUGCUACUUCCUUCGCCCAACACCGGCGUGGUGCAAGAGGGAACAUUGACAGUAUUGAAACUCGUGACUUCAUCUGUACCUACCCCUGUACCUGGACACGGACAAGGACAAGAGAGUAUCAGAGCAUGGUUUCCGUGGACGCCAUUCGAGAAGGAUUUUGUUCCUGUUCCUGCUUCUGCAUCAGGUCCUGCGGCUGAAGAGUCAAUCACCGAGUCUCAUUCUCCUUCUCCCAGAGAACGAGACGAUCCCCCAACGUCGACUCCCUCCAUAUCCGGACCACCUGUGUCAUCACCAUCACGUCCAUCAUCAUCAUCGUCCUCGACGUCACCUUCUCGGAUCGAAAGCGUCACGAAAAGCAACCACACCGCAGGCAAGGCUCUACACAAAUCGCCGUCGGUAGCGUCGUCGUCGUCGUCGUCGACAACGUCGACACCUAGAAGAACAACCACAACAACCGCGAGUUGUUGUCGCGAACGAGCCCUUCAACGGCAACAUGACGGCCAUCGACGAGACAAAACGCCAUCGACUCGACUCAAUCACGUUCGCGCAUUCCAUGGUCCACAGUACCUCGACUUUGCUCCGUCUGUACGCCGCUUCAUCGACAUUGUCAGUUUCGACCUCGCGGUCAUGAUGAUGAAGCGGGAGGAGACGUCUCGGUAG